AUGCAUUCUCUUCCUAUAGCUGUCAACUAUGCCUUUGAGGCUGACGCUGAGACGAGGAAACAGAGGCGUUCCUCCAGGAUGCAGUUUCUGUUUCAGUCCCAGGGAGUCCUGGAGCUAGCAGGGCAGGGCAAAGAUGAAAGAAGUAUUCCAGUAAUCUCUGCUGGAGAUGAGGACAUAGCUUUGGAGGUCAAUGUGACCAAUAGGGAGGGUGAUGAUGCCCAUCAGAGUCAUCUGAUCAUCAAACUCCCUGACUCUCUUUCAUUCUCAUCAUUAUACUUAAACCACAUUUCAGAAGUACUAGUGAAGUGCAACCCCAAUGACAAUGGUACACUGACAGACUGUGAACUGGGAAACCCAUUCAAAAGAGAUGCUGAAGUUACCUUCUAUGUAAUAUUGUCCACUUCCCGCAUCUCUCUGAGCACAACUGAUGUAAAUAUUACCUUGCAGCUUGAAACGACAAGUGUGCAGAAGAUACAAGCAAGUGAAGCAAAGGCCAAAGUAGUUUUUGAGCUGCACCUACAAGUAUUUGGACUGGCCAGGCCCUCCCAGGUCAGCUUUGGAGGAGCUGUAAAGGGAGAGAGUGCCAUGAAAUCAGAGGACGAUAUUGGAACCCUUGUAGAGUAUGAAUUCAGGUACAUUCAAGGCACGGGCAUGCUUUACCUACACAGCACAGCUGCCAUCCUACAACCCCAGACUGAGUAA